CAAGAGCUUUCAUGAAUCAAGAUGACGAGCAUGUGAUCUGGGACCGGCGGAAUGCAACUUCAGGCUCUGGCUUCGGCACUGUGGGUGAUUUUGGCUGGUGCACAGGAUUGCCCUGAGGGAUCCUAUCGGUCAUCUUUGAUCGUAUUCGGCUGUGGCGGUGGAUUUGGAGUGCGCAAUAUUUCGCUAGCACCAGCAGCCACAAGCGCUCCGCUGGCCAUCCCUUUAGGGACUGAAGGCUUCCGGGUGUCUGCUUCUUCCAGCUCUGGGCCGUUGAGCCUCCAGCUUCGCGACGAAGCAAACUACGUUGUGGUUGCAGCGCAGGAUCAUGGCCUUAUCAACCGCACAGUUCGCGCCGGCGUUUACAAGGAUGUUGGCAUUGUCAUGUCCAGCAGCGCAGAAUCCCCUGAGGACAACGUGAGCCUGUACUUGCUUGGUGCACUGACUUCACCAAUGGAGCUUUCGUUCCGAAACCUCGCGGAGAACAGUUCCAUGGUAACCCUUGCCUAUACUUUUGAAAGGGUCUUGGAGUGCACUUUCCCGCCCGCGGGGUGCAGUGACUAUAAUCAAGAAGAUGCACGAUGGCAAGUUGAGGUGUGGAGUCAUUGGGCAUCUUCCCAGUACGACAAUUCAACGGAGGCGUGGAUCGCGAUGGCAAGCCCCAAUGCCGAAGAACAUGGGGUUCCAUGGUCUUCAUGGUCCCGUGUUUGGGCCAACUUUGUAGGCAAUUCAUCUGCCGUAGUCGGUCAAGAGUGGGAGCCGGGCUUCUCGUACCUUGACACAAAUCGGAAUGGUUUUGUCUCAGAAGAUGAAUUCGCCGUUGGUUUUGAUUUGUCAUCCUCGAAAGCGAGAGUUCACGAGGAGACAGUUGACUUUGUGAGUGAUGCUACCCAAUUGGUUACCAACCAGUGGAUGGCCUAUGCGCUGGCAGCAGUUUGUGUCCUCCUUUUGCUUCUUUGCUGUUUCUGGAACAGGAGGCCAAAGCGAGAUGGCGUGGCCCGCUCCGUGUCGCAGCUUUCACGAGCAGAUUUCAAGGCUCACAAACCUCGAGCUGGAUCUGCCCUCAUGUCGAGCGCCAAUGGGUCCCCAUCGGGCAAGCCAAAGGAUGUGCUUGCCGAUCAAAUCUUGUCCAGUGGCAAGGCUGACUUUGCUGGUGCUAAUGACGCCGGUUGUGGUCGUGCUCCAUUGUGGCUUUUCCCACAAAUUGGGCAGGGUUUUGGCAUGGGGCUAGCUCCAUUGCGCCAAGAGUCGUUCCGCUAUAGCCCUCUAACUGGUCAGGAGGACCCAGCUUCGCCGUUGGGCAGUUUCUCAAUGCAGGCUGCCCCAUGCAUACCGUCCCAGGAAAGCUUUUCAGGCGCCUGGUCACAAGCACCACAGCUCGGUUCCUUCUCAUUGCCACCUGGGCCAUUGAACCCGGGAAUGCCCACCAGUUCAUACGGACACAUGGGCAUGCCGUUGCAACAGGAUUUGCCCCCGCCAUGGCAGCCAGCAAGGCCCACCAACAUGGCAGACAGUUUUGCCGGCUUCCAGGUGCAGCUGCCCAGGACUGAUGCAGUCUUCCACCAGGCCAUGGCCAGUUAUCCGGCCAGCCCAGCACCCCUGCAGGGGGAAGCGCCUGGUGCGCCAUCUGGAGUUGUCCAGGCUGAGUUGUCUGGCCCGGUCCAGGUUGAAAGUCCGAGCAUCCCAUCAGAGGAUGGCUGGGACCAGCUUGCUGCGGCGAUUGUGCCAACCCUGAAGCCUCUGAGGGCGGAGCUGCCCCCUUGAUGCCCGCAAAGUUGGGUCCGAAUUAAAAAAGGACUACAUUUGCGUAUGCACGCUUUCCUU